AUGCCUUCCACAGCUACCGUCGUUACAUCUGCUUUAGCAGUUUCUGCUGUUUCGUACCUCAUCUACUUUGAUUAUCAGCGCCGUCACAACCCUGAGUUCCGACGGGCACUCCGAAAGCGGGAACAAAAGUACAUCAAGCAGAAGGAGCUUCAAGCCGAGGCCAAGAAGAUGGAUAUGAAGCUGCGCAUUGAGAAGGUUUUGAAGGAAUCACUGGCCAAGGACCCUAUCCCUACUGAUAUGGGUGCUCGUGAGAAGUACUUUGUUGCUGAGGUUGGUCGUGCCGAUGAACUUUUGUCUGCAGGUGCUGAUCCUGUUGAGACUGCUCUGGCGUUUUACCGUGCGCUGUGCGUUUACCCCAAUCCCAUUGAUUUGAUGAGCAUUUAUGACAAGAGUGUCAAGCCCCCAGUGUUGGACAUUCUUAGGCAGAUGGUUAUCAUUGAGCCUCCCAGUGUUCUUAGAGACGUUCUUGGUUCAGCAAUUCCUUCUGGUGGUCCUUCUGGUUCCACUCUUACUGUGGAGUAA